UUGAAAUUUAGGAAAUGAACUCUGUUUCCAGGGAAGCUUUUGCGCUUUAAAACCAAAGAGAAUAUUUUAAAAAUUGAUUUUCCAUUGCAUUGAGAGACUAUUCAUGAUUUUGUAUGGCUCAACCGGGUAGUGAAGAAGCAGCAGAGGAUGGAUUUGAGAUACCUCAAGAUCUCUGUGAAAGACUGGAGAAUGUAGAACUAGAUGAGGAAGAGACAGAGACUUUAUUGCAAGAGGCAUUGGCCCUCAAUAUGAGAUUGAAAGCUGAACUUCAGAGAAGAGAAAACAAUGACUUAGAAGAUAGCAGCAAUGUAACCAAUUCUAGAGGACCGCAGGGUCAUGAUGUCUUAUCAUCAGAUAAACACAUAAAAAACUCGUCAGCGAGACAUAGAAGACCGGGACAGAAAAAAAAUCCACUGCCACCAAUAUCACCAAGUAAAGGACAAACCACAGGGUCUGGGAACCAUCGGAAAGGUGGGCCUCUCAAGUCCAAAGGUCAACCAGAAAGACGAGGAGCGUCGUCACCUGCUCCUCACGCCAUUAUUGGCAGGAUAGUCAACAGUGCUGGGAGUGUGGAAGGAUCUCAGCGAAGAGCAAAGUCUGCGAAGAAAGACUUAGAAGGAAGACCAACCCGCUCAGCUGAACAGAGAAAGAAAAAGCCAGAAUGGAAUGAUAGAUUCUCCUACAAGUAACAACUUCAUCAUCAAUACCAUUCUUCACUACAACAUUCCUUGGAUAUAAUAAUGACACAUUAUAAACUACAUGUAUACUACAAGCUGCCAGUAUUCAACAUGAGGCCUUGUGAUGUAAGAUUGAUUGUAUCUCUGAUAUCAAUUCUAUUUCUAAUGGAUACCUUUCUUUGAGAUAAAUUUUACGAUUGAGCAAUGUCGCCAUGGUGCUUACCAUGGAUUAUAAUGUCGAGAUAGAUCGUAACUGCAAGGAGUCAAGGACUUGACUCUAACAUCAGGCACCAAGCUGAGACAUGUUACGACCAUCCCAAACAAAAAUUAUAACAGGUGAAUUCAAUUCAGUUCAUUUAUUUUCCUCUUUCAAUCUGUUCAUAUUUACAAUGAUAGUUCAAUUUACAUACAGGCCUGCAACUUACUAUAACAUUUUAAUCAACUUGUACAAUACAAUAACAGAAUGAAAUUGAAAGAUGAUGAGACUCACUAAAAAGCAGAGCUUUCAGGGUGAAGGCCCCCUUUUUCUUAGAACAAUAUAUAAAUUGUGAUAAAAAAUGAAAUUGAAAAUAAAAUGAAAAUAAAAUUAGAUUAAAUUAAAUGAAUAAGAACUAUAAUAAAUGUACAUUGAUCACGUAACAUGACUGCUCAGGCAGCUAUGUACAUGAUGCGGGAUGUUAUGGUGAAGAACUGAACAAUUCCUAUUGGAUUUGUCAAUUUAUGUAUUCAUUUUAUUAACAUGGGAUUCAAUCAAAUAGGUUAUGAAGUGGAGUGUAAUCAGUGUUACUUAAAGGUAUCCUUUUUUAUAAUGUAGCUUUAUAGACAUGGUGGUUUUAACCUCAUUUCUUAUCAGGAAGUUUUAGCUCCAUGAUGCACAAUGGAUUCAAGAACAUAGAAAAUAUAUUGUCAUUAAUGCCGUUUAUGACAAAAACCUUCCAAUAAGUCUUUGUCAAAAAUUGGUGAAUCAAAACGGCAGUUUCGUCCUGGACUCAAACAAACAACAUAAUUGCAAUUUUCCCUCAGCUCUGCAACUUCGGAUGAAACGUGGGGCCCGUUGCAGAAAGAGUUUCAAUCAAUCGCAACUCUAAAAAUCAUGCCCAACUUGAUUUUCAACCAAUCAACA